ACCAUUUGCAACAUAACAGUAGCAUCCUCGACGCUGCAGGGCCUCAGGCGCCGGAGACUGUAGUCGGCCCGGUCGGCCCGCCUCGACAGGCCGCUUGCAUCCUUUGCCCCCCACUUUUAAGUAAGUUGGUAGGGAUUAGUCGCUCAGGUCUGCAUGUCAGCAGCUUGUGCCAAAACUCGCGCUGAACUGUUUUACUAGCGAACAAGCUUUUGCUGCCUUGGCGCAGGGACUUGCUGCUGUAUACGGAUACCGUUUGGCUCUAGGUGCCACAUAGUGCCCCUCAAAUGGGGCGUGAAGGCCCGUCGAGGCGAGCCUGGACGGCGUGCGAGUAUCAGAGCCUCUGUGUCGCCCACGCCCACGCCGGUAACAAAUGGGCGCUCAUCGCAAAGCACUUCCGUACGCGCACAGACGCAGAUGUCAAGAACAUAUUCUACAGCACUCUGAGAUCUGUCAAACCCUCAACCGAGAACCUUGCACUGCGAGUUUAUGCUCAGAUGGUGGGUCCCACCUGCGGCGACCCCGAGCUGCGCAUGAGGGCCCUGGAGGCGGCGAAGGCGGCGGUGGAGGCGGCGGCGGUGCAUGGCCUGCCAGAUGGCUCGAGUGCGUCAGCCGCUGACGGUGCGGCUGAGGGGAUAGGCGAGGGCGCCGCCGGGCCCAGCGGCUCCGCGGCCGCGCCCGCCGGGCAGCAGCAGCUACAGCCGGCCGUGGCUGAGGCCGGCGGGGAAGGUGCUGGUGGUGCUGGCGGCAGCGACCGGGAUGGUGGCAGCGACAGUGGCGGCGAAGACGGUGGCGGCGAGGGCGAAGGCGCCGGUGAAGACGGUGAUGGGCGUGCAGGCGGUGGUGGCGGCGGCGCCGUCGCCAAUCCCUUCAAAUGGUCCAUCCUCCGCAACGUCGCGCGCCUGCGCUUCUUCAAAUCUGCCGGCAAGGGCAAGAACAAGAAGCGGGGCGCCCCUGGCGGUGGCGCGGGGCGGCAACAGCGGGUGACCUCGGGGGAAGGCGAAGAGGCGCAGGCCGCCGCCGGCGGGAUAGGCCACGGCGAUGCGGCAGCAGCCGCCGCGACCGGCGCCGGCAGCACCGCCGUGCCAGGCAACGACCACCGGAGCGCCGCCGCCACUGUCGGACUCACGGCUGCUGCUGGCGCCGACCAUGGCGCCGCCGCCGCCGCCGCCGCGGCCGUGCCGCGACUGCCCCCGACCGCGGCUGAGCAGCAGGCUGCGGCGGCAGUCAACGAGCCGCGGCCUAUCCGGAGCCGCAGCCAGCCGCUGUGGUACAACCCCGCCGGUGCCCCGAUCGGUGUAGGCGGUGGUGCCAACAAUGGCGGCGGCGGCGCCGGCUAUGCUACGCAAAGUGGCAGUGGCAGCGGCAGCAAGCGCGCUGCGACCGCCAAUGGAGACGCAACCAUGGAGCUGCGCCGGCGCCGGCGCCGCAGCGGCGGCAGCACCAGCAGUCGGGGCAGCAGCGGCGGCGACAAGGACGGCGGCGUGGAGGAUGGUGCCGCCGCCGCCGCCGAAGGCAGCGGCGGCGGUCCCGGCGGUCACCAGCUCGGCGGGCGACACCAACACCCCAGCAGCUACCACCGUGGGACUACAGCGCCGGUGCUGCUGCUGCUGAGCGGCGGAGCCGCUGCCAGUCCGCAUGCCGCUGGCGGCGCGAGUGGCGGCGGGCUUAGCAGCAGUGCUCUCUACUCGGGCAGCGACAACAACGCGCAACAGGGCCCGCUGCUAAGCUACUUUACAAUGGACGAGGACACUGACUUUGACUUCGAGGAGGGGGAGGGCGAGGCAGAGGUGUUUGAUACCAGGAGCGGCGAGCUUGGAGGCUUGGGUAGCAGUGGCGGCGGCGCAGCCGCCGGAGGGUUUGGCGGCGGCGGCACUAAUGACGGGCGCGGCAGCGGCAAUGGCGCUCGUGGCGGACACAACUGCAGCGCUGCGGAGGUGCGCUGGAGCCUGGCAGAGCGGGCGCAAGCGGCGACGGGGGCGGCUGCGGCUGCAGCUGCUGCAGCAGUAGUGGCCGCGGCGGGAGCGGGAGUGGGAGCGGCUGCUUCCGGGGCGGCGGCAAUGCUGGCACCGGCCUUUCCCGCCUCGAGCCCGCGGCGGGUGCACUUGCACGCGUGCACUCCUCGGCGCCAACAGGAGCAGCAGCUGCGCCUAGAGGAGCAACAGCGCCAGCAGCAGCAAGAGCAACAAGAGCAGCAACUGAUGCAGCAAGAGCACCACCGCCAGCAGCAACAGAUGCAGCAACAGCACCAGCAGCAAAACCUGGCGCAGCAACAGCAACACCAGCAGCAGCAACAGCAGCUUCAAGAGCUCCAGUUGCACCAGCAGUUGGUGCUGCAGCAACACCAGCAGGCGCAGGCGCAGCAGCGACAUGCGCACCGUUCCCAUCCCCUGCACAGCCAGCGACCGCCAUUUGGCGGGAUGACGCCUCUUGCUGCACACGCAGCCAGCCCGUGUACCAGCAGCAUGGCCAUCAAUGGCAUCGCUGCCUCAUCAUCCUCUGGCAUGCCUGCCUUUGGCGCCCACGCUCAUGCCGGUUGUGCCGCCGACGCUCCUGCAGUUUCACAGCCACUGCCACGACUGCUGCCAACCAACCCCUUCUCGGUGUCUGCUGAGACGCUGGCGCCUCGGGCAGUCGCAGUGGCUGCACCAGGCAGCGCAGCUGCGGCGCAGUCGCUGACGCCAUCGCCGCUGCAUCCCUCCGCGGCGCCGCAACCCUCGCCCGCCUUCACCAACCCUUUCCUGCUCCAGCAACACGGCUGUCCACCCGUGUCGCCGCCUCUGUCUUCUUCCUCUGCCGCAUUCCCCGCCCCACCACUUGGUGUCGCCGGCAACGGUGCCCAAAUGCAGCAGGCGCCGCCGCCGCAGCAGCAGCAGCCAUCUUGGCAAGCGGCGGCGCCAGCCUCGCACCAGCAUCACCAGCACCAGCAGCCGGCAAGCGGAACGGGCGCUGCCGAGCCGCACUUUGAUGAUGAUGAUUUUCUCCCGGAUGUGCCCUCCUUUCGAGCUAUGGCAGAGGAUCAGGCGGCGGCGGCGGCAGCUGCAGCAGCAGCAGAGGCAGGAGCAGGAGGCAUCAGCGGGCUGGCAGCGGCUGUAGCAGGGGGUGGCAGCAGCGGCGCUAGAGCUGCGGGCGCGCAGCAGCAGACGCACUCGGAGCUCAUGCUGGCGGGCACGGCGUUCGGCGGCUUUGCCCCCGCCACGGCAACUGGCCACCGCACAUCCACCUCAGCCCCAGUGCCCAACGCAAUAGCUCGGGAUGCCAGGGUGGGAUACUCAUCAGCGGUUCCAACCGGAGGCGGUAGCGCUGGCGGCGACGGCAGCUACCGGCAGCAGUACUCAUCACAUCCUUACACCAUGCACGGCUUUUCUGCCGUUGAUGGGGUCGGCUCGGCGCCGCCAGCAGCUUUGGGCCCGUCGGCCCUUCAGCUGCAGCGCACGCGCUCCACUGUCGCGGCCUUUGGCUCGCCCAUGCGUCUGCUGGGGCCGCCCAUUGCGCGCGCGACGUCGGAGGCGGCUGCUGUUGUGGCCGCGGCGGCAAGGAAUGCCGCUGUCCACGAGGCCAGCCAGUUCUUAUCGCAUAACCAUCAGCAACAGCAACAGCAGCAGCGCUCCGGGUCUGGGGGCGUUACCCCCCCAGCCGUCAGCGGCGGCGAGGGCAGCCUCGGGUUUGGUUACGCGCGUGGCGGCACGGGUGAUGGCAGCAGCACGGGCGCGGCUGCGGGCGCCACCACAGGCACCACAGGUGCCGCUGAUGCGGGGCUCACGGUCAGCAGCAGCCUUGAAUUUGUCAGCGGCGGCUCCGUCGGGGCUCGUGUUGUAGAAGGAGCGGCGGCGGCGGCAGCCGGCGGCGGUCUGCUGGGUGGCGACGGUGACGGCGACGAUCGCGUUGACAUGAUUGAUUAUUUGAUGGAUGAGCUGGGUAUCCAGGUGGGGACCCGCAGCGCACCGCAGUCACCCAUGCUGACCCAAUACCAGCCGCAACAGCUGCAGCAACAGCAGCAACAACAGCAGCCGCAACAGCAGCCACAACAGCAUCAGCAGCAGUGGCAAAAGCAGCUGCAACAACGCGCCCAACAGCAGCAGCACGUGGAGGCGAUGGCGAUGGCGCAUGGCGGCGCCAGCGGCACAGGGCAUCCCGUCUCUGCCAUGCCCGUGCACUUUGCGGCGGUUUCAGCGGUGGCCACGGCGGAAGUGCCAUCCCCCGCAAUGGCUGCCACGUCUGCUGCUUUCGCGGCCGUUGCCGUCGGCUCGCCGCCGCCGGCAGUGGAUGACCACGCACACAGCGCAGCCGUUGGCAUCGGCCAGCCGUACGGGGCUGCUGGCAGCAGCAGCGGUCACACGCACGCUUACCCCGUGCAUGCGUAUGCAGCAGCCAACACCGCAUCCGCCGUGCAAGUGACACAGCAUCAGCCACAGCAGACGCAGCAGCAGACGCAGCAGCCCGCCGGCGGUUGGGUGGAAGGCGCAUGGCAUCCUGUUGCCGCGGGCAUGCCGCCGCUGCCACCGCCGCCGCCACGGCAACACUUGCCGCCGCCACCUUGGUAUCACCGUCAGCUGCGUCAGCCGCCUGCAGCGCCCCUGUAUCCCCCCGCGGCGGCACCACUGCUGGCCCACCACCAUACCGCCUACGCGGCGGCGGCAGCUUGGGGCUCCUCCCACCGCCCCGCCGCCGCCGGCACUGCCGCCGGACCCUGGGGCCCGCCGGGCCACACGCCUCCUGCGGUUCCUGCGGCGGCUGCUGGUGGCAGUGAGCCGGCGGCGGCACCGCAUCGGCCGCACAGCAUUGCCUGGCCCGCCUCCGCUGCGUCAGUCGCGGUGGCAGGUGCUACGGCAGGUGCCGCCGCUGCAGCGCUGAUGACUGGACAGCCACGUGCUGUGUACGCCACAGACGCAACCACAUGGACAGCCGGGCCCAACGGUGGCGCCGCCGCGCCCCCCCCAGCAGUCCUCGCACGCGCCAGGUCACUUGGCGCUGCUGGCGGGUACUACGGUCAUGCGGCGUCCGCGUCCGCCGCAUACCUGUAUGCUUACCAUCUUCAACCGUCGGCACAGCCGCCGCCCCGGCAGGAUCUGCUCCGCAGCAGGCCGCAGCAGCUGGGCAGCGCGCCCCCUGCCGCCGGCGGGCCGCCGGCCGCACACUACGCAUCCACAGCCGCUGCUGCCAACUGGAGCCAUCCGCCGGUGUGUGAGCAGCCGGUGCCAGCAGGGGUGGUGGCGGCGGCGGCCGGCAUGGACGCGCCCCAUGCCCUGUACGCCACUUGGACGGCUCGCAGCGGCAGGCGCGGCGCUAGCGACCGCACUACUGGGACUGCUGCUGGUAGCUUCCAGCAGCAGCUGCAGCACCAGCAGCACCUGCAGCAGCAGCAUUAUCAGCCGCAGCAGGUGGCGGCAGCGGCGGCAGCGGCCGCGGCCGCAGUGCCUGGCCAUGGCGGCGGUGCUUGGAUGUCAGCUUCCGAACAGCAGAGCGCUGAUGAGCAGUGGGCGGCGCAACCGCAUCCCACGUAUCCCUACCGUUGCCAACAGUGAUGGUCGGGCAUGCAUCGCUGUCACGCAGAACGAUAUUGCAGCACGAAUGAAGGCCCCACACUCCCGUGCGCUCGUGAUAAUUGGAUGAAUGCAUGACAUGGCUGCCACUUACUUGCACAAUGAAACUAAGGCUUCUUCGCAGCAGGAAUUUCAGCAGGGUUUGCGGUGGGUCUUACCGGUUUCCUUUGCUUGGCACUUCCCAUACCUGUGACAUAUGUUGAUGCUUACUGAACAAAAUGAGCAGCUGGACACUUCUUACAUUGGGCAUGCGCAGCAAUGCGCACGCAGAGGCCUGCUGCACGCACGCACAUGUAUAUGGGGACAGAGGGACUUGCACCAGAUGUGCAGUUGUGUUGGUUUGGCUGGGGCGCGGCUAGUUAGGUAGGGAGCACCGUACGUGCACUGAUUGACGCGAUUGAUAGAUUGAUUGGCCAUGAUUGGCAUCAUUGGGCCUAAUGCGGGGCCGCAGUCGUUCGUGUGCAUGUGACACGCACGCCUGCAUGUGCCAUGAUCACGUGAUUUUUGAUCAUCAGUCGUUAAAGAGUGUAGCUACGAGCCCCUCAGCUUACUACCUGUUGUUUUGGGGCCACAUGAUGCACCGUGAACGGGUCUCGGCCCGUACCUUAUGCAAACUACGGCAACGCGCGCGUGUGAGCGCUUUAUUUUGGUAGCUCUGCUCACUUCACUCCUGACAUAGUGAGGGUCAUAUAUAAUCAAGCGCACUGCCUAGCACGUUGGAAUGGUCUAUGACGGUGUAUGAGCUUUUCUCCUUAGGCUGGCUUGAUGAGAUGAGGAGCGGGGCGUGCAACCCGGCAUUGUUGCCAACAUCACCGUAAACGGGUCGCGGCCCGCGUGGGGUAUGCGGCCUUGGGGACGGGCGGCACUUCAUUAGAUGAAAUGAAUGGGCAGUGUGCCACGAUCCAUCUGGGUCCAGUUUGGAUUCCGUUGGUUGCACACGGUCGAUGCGGGUCGAUGGUAGGUGUGGAGGGGUCAGGCAGCCUGGUGCCAUGGAGACCCCACCUGACCGCCCGUACAAGCACCAUCAUGCCAUUCGUACGAUGAAACGAACACACGCACGCGUCAUGCGCACGCAGUUGUUGGUUAGCAACAUGAUUUAGAGCUUGGAUGCUUUCGGUGGUUGAUCAGGCGACGAAGAUGGCUAGCUCGUGCAUCACGAGGGCUAAGAUAGAUCGCGCGCUGC